ACUUUUAAUUUACUUUGCAAUGAAGCAUAACAUCUCUUUAGAUUUUAUUAUUCUUUUACAGUGGGAGUUGCUAUGUCUAUCAAUGCAUAACAAAGUCGUCGCCGACACAUUAAGAGCUAUUUAGUAACUUGGAAGUUUGAAGAUUAAUGUUGUGAGAAUGUAUCACCACCCAUGGGGGUUGUAGUAAUGUCGCCUAGUACUGUAUGGCUCCUUGUAACAGAAAUUAACGGUAAAAGCUGAAAUACUUUUCCCAAAAUAGCUGGAGACAUAGCCAAUAAAAAUACUUUAGAACUCGGCUUUCUCUUGCUGAAUGUGAAUCACGUGAAUAGCACGGCUAAUUUGACAUUUUAAGAAUAGCUUAUUUUUGUUGAGGCGUACAGACAAAGGGAGUCACAAUUCCCAUUCAAGUGCAAAUCCUGAAUCCCGAAGCACCAUAGAUAAAAGAAAGAAUUUUGGUAAAUACUGGUAUUGUUUCUGCGCCUCGUCCUGCAAACAACUCAGGAUAGGUCCUUCAGUUCAAAGUUAAUAACGAUUAUGAAGACCAUUUUCCAUUUGGGCUGCCUGCUGGCUGCUCUUUUCGUGCCUUGCAUGUCAGAUAUAUACAUGCACGUUCCACCUGGAUCAAACAAUCGAAUAAACGGUGAGGGCGAAAACGUCCAAAAUGCCAACAGACUGUUUGAUUCGCAGAAUAAUGGUAAAGCAGGAUACAACGUGGGUGACGCACUGAACAGCCGGGCAACAGUAAAUGCCAUUAACGAAAACAGACAGCUGCCAAUGCAAUUUUACAUGAGUGAAUGCGGCAAGGACGCUAAGAAAACGGAGGUGGAGAUUAUGUGGACAAAUCAACACGGAACAGGACAAAAGACCGAUGACAUGGUAGAGUCACAAGUCAUCUUACAGUACAUGUGCCAGGAUUUUCCCGAACAGAGGUUUCCCGAUGGCAAAAUAACCUCUGCCAGCACUGAUUUCCAAUUUCAUACUAUCCGUAACGGUCAAACAAAAACUCAACAGCCCUUUUAUUACGCAUACCCUGAAACAAGCUACGUCAAAAAGACUUAUGGACUUCACGAGCCAUACUAUUUUUACAACACCUAUUACGCAAGGGAGCGAAACAAAGGUGAGAGUAUUUAAGACAUACUAGAGCUGUUUUUAAUUGGGGUGAUUGUUGAAGAGGCAGAAAAUAACUGGAGCAAGACUAAAUACAGAGAGUGAGACGGGGUUGUCACACUGCGAAACGCUUUGAAAAUUCGUUUCAGCGUUGUGAAAAUCAUUGCGAAAAGUACAAGGUCUGAAUUCUACCUUACACAAUGAUUACGGCAACAAAACAAUCGUGAAAAUUUUUUGUUGCAGGGUAUGUUAUAUUAGGCAGCUUUUUACGUAAAUUAUGACGGCAACACAAUUGUGAGACAUUAAUUAAGGACAA